CACCAGUCCUCCAAAACACUGACCUUUAAUCUGAUUCGAAUGCUACGAGGGACCAUAGACAGUGGCAAGAGCGUGCAUACAGAUCUCUAGCGAGGCCUUUCCCAAGAAAGGUCGCACGUACCUCUUUGCUUAGGAAUUAGAAUUCCAUACUAAAAAACUCCGAGUGUGAUAUACAGGUCUCGAUCUAGUGCGAAUUUACCGGUCCGUACGCUUCACAGCCUUGUGCGUGGCCUUUGUCGACGCGCUUCAAGAACUUGAGCAUUGCCGCAUCGUUAGAUCUCGCACCUCGCACCAGACGAUUGCGUCGCUCCAGAGCGGUGUCCAUGGCGGAGGCAAGGCCACGAUGUGGUGGUAUUUGGCGUUUGAGCUUUCUACCGCAAGCCCGGGGCAGGGCAGUCACUGUCGAUUGAGGCCGAGACCCAAGACCGUGUCUAUAAUUUGGCGCUGGAACGCGCAGUGGACACCAACACGCUCACCUCUGCUGGAGUUGCCUCGCGAGCUGCGGGACAAGGUUCUGGGGUAUGUACUGCCUUUGGGACUGCAUGUAGAUGCAUGGAUGUCGGGCGAGGCAGGCAAAGACCUUGCAUCAAAGGCUGUUAUCUCUCUGAAGCAAACAAACCAACAGCUCAAGAAGGAGGCUAGGGAAAUCUCAAUGUUCCAGACAGAGGUCGUAGUAGGAAGCUUGACCAACCUGGGAGCCUUCAUUAGGGCCAUACCAAAACCGAUGAGAUUCAAGUUCUGGCGCGCCAUCCGCCUCGACCUGAGCGCAGACAAAUACAUCCAGCUGUUCGGGAGCUCCGUUUCGGCGUCAACGGAGAUGGGGAGCUCCGUGAGGUCUAAUGCCGCUUCCAUGGAAGCCUUCUGGAUCGCCGCCAAUCGAUUUUCUCCCGCUUCCACGCCUCGCGCGCCGCCUUAUCGCCAAGCUCGACACCACUUGGGAUGCACCAGUACCCUUUUAGAAAUCAGGGUAGGAUGUCAAGUUAACCGCAGCAAAAUCCAGGCAACCUCUUGACUGUCCAGCUUCCUGGCAGCGGGGCUACCUUUGACGGUGGUAUGUAGCGUCCAAG